CGCCCACCCACUGCUUUCCCUCCCCUGAUUCCCGCGCGAAGUGACGAGAUCGGCGACGGCAAGGAGGAUGAUUCACUAAGCCAGAGGAGGUGGGGGCGAGGGGGCAGCGGCGAAGGACGGGCUCUCGCGCUUCUGCCGCGCGGUGCAUGUCGGGAGACGGAGCAGCGCUCUCUGCGGCCAGGCAGGAGGAGUCAAGAUGGACGCGGGAUUCUUCCGCGGAACUAGCGCUGAACAGGACAACCGCUUCAGCAACAAACAGAAGAAGCUACUAAAGCAACUGAAAUUUGCAGAAUGUCUGGAAAAGAAAGUGGACAUGAGCAAAGUAAACCUGGAAGUAAUCAAGCCAUGGAUAACAAAAAGAGUAACGGAAAUCCUUGGAUUUGAAGAUGAUGUAGUAAUUGAAUUUAUAUUCAACCAGUUGGAAGUGAAGAAUCCAGAUUCCAAAAUGAUGCAAAUCAACCUGACUGGGUUUUUGAAUGGGAAAAAUGCUAGAGAGUUCAUGGGAGAACUGUGGCCACUACUGUUAAGUGCACAAGAAAACAUUGCUGGUAUUCCAUCUGCUUUCCUGGAGCUGAAGAAAGAAGAAAUAAAACAGAGACAGAUUGAACAGGAAAAAUUGGCUUCCAUGAAGAAACAAGAUGAAGACAAGGAUAAGAGAGACAAGGAAGAUAAAGAAAAUAGAGAAAAGAGGGACAGAUCCCGAAGUCCUAGAAGGCGCAAAUCAAGGUCUCCUUCCCCUAGAAGACGCUCAUCCCCUAUCAGGAAAGAGAGAAAACACAGCCAUUCCCGAUCCCCACACCAUAAAACAAAGAGUCGUAGUGUUACUCCUGCACCAGAAAAGAAAGAAGAGACUCCUGAGCCAGAACCUUCAAUCAAAAUAAAAGAAACAUUGAUCCAGGAGGCCACAUCUACUAGUGAUAUUUUGAAAGUCCCCAAAAUUGAGCCUGUGCCAGAUACCAAGGAGCCAUCUCCAGAAAGAAUUUCCAAGAAAGAAAGGGAGAAAGAAAAGGAAAAGAAUCGUCAAAGGACUCCUUCCCGAUCCAAGUCAAGGUCAAAGUCUCGCUCACGGUCUGCAUCUCAUUCAAGACCAAGAAGGCGUCAUAGAUCACGAUCCAGGUCUUACUCACCAAGAAGGCGGCCUAGCCCAAGACGACGCCCAUCUCCUCGGAGAAGAACCCCACCAAGACGCAUUCCACCUCCACCCAGACACAGAAGGAGUAGAUCUCCUGUGAGACGGAGGAGACGAUCAUCAGCAUCUUUGUCAGGAAGUAGUUCCUCUUCCUCCUCUUCACGUUCCCGAUCUCCACCAAAGAAACCACCUAAGAGAGUUGUCUCCAGCCCUCCUCGUAAGACACGUAGACUGUCACCUUCAGCAAGUCCUCCUAGGCGAAGGCACCGCCCCUCCCCACCCCUAACUCCACCCCCAAAGCCCCGCCGAUCUCCGACGCCUCAGCAAUCGAACCGUGCAAGAAAAGGCCGAGGCUCAGUUUCUCCCAGUAGAACCUCAGCACCGAAACGUAAAAGUAUUGAAAAAAGGGAAUCUCCCUCACCAGCACCGAAACCUAGAAAAGUAGAAUUGUCAGAAUCGGAAGAAGACAAAGGUGGUAAAAUGGCAGCUGCAGAUUCUGUGCAACAAAGACGGCAGUAUAGAAGGCAGAACCAGCAGUCUUCAUCUGAUUCUGGUUCAUCGUCAUCAUCCGAAGAAGAACGGCUGAAAAAGUCAAACGUAAAGAAUGGUGAAGUGGGUAGACGCCGGCGACACUCGCAUUCCCGUAGCCCUUCUCCAUCUCCACGAAAGUGGCAGAAAGAUUCUUCCCCUCGGAUGCAGAUGGGAAAGAGGUGGCAGUUGCCAAUUGUUAAAAGUAGGAGGAGGCGCAGUCCAUCGCCACUGCCUACCAGAAGACGGCGCUCUCCUUCCCCUGCCCCUCCUCCAAGACGGCGUAGAUCACCUUCAUUACCACGCCGAAGGUCUCCAUCACCACCACCUCGCCGGCACUCUCCCACACCCAGAAGAUAUUCUCCUCCAAUACAAAGAAGAUACUCUCCUUCACCCCCUCCAAAGAGAAGGACGGCUUCUCCUCCUCCCAAACGAAGGGCAUCUCCUUCUCCACAGCCGAAGCUUAGAGUCUCCCGUUCCCCACCACCAAAACAAAGAAGUUCUCCACCCCCAAAGAGACGCUCGCCAUCAAUAUCUUCCAAGCACAGGAAAGGAUCUCCGCCCAGCAGGUCCAACCGUGACGCCCGUUCCCCUCUGCAGAACAAACGGCAUUCUCCUUCGCCACAGCCUAGGCCUUCCCGUCCUUCUGCAAGUCCCCCGCUGCUGCGCCGGGGACCUUCAUCUUCUCCCCAGCGAAGGCAUUCUCCAUCACCAAGCACCAGGCCCAUCAGAAGAGUCUCGAGAACCCCAGAGCCGAAAAAGUCUAAGAAGGUUUCCACACCAAGUCCACAUUCUGUGAGAAGGGGAUCUUCAUCCAGGUCUGUUUCAGGAUCUCCUGAGCCACCUCCUAAGAAACAUCCAGUGCCUCCAUCUCCUGCUCGAUCUCGAUCGCCUUCUGCUCACUGGUCGCCACCAGCACCUGCAAAGAAGGCUAAAAGUCCUACACCAAGUCCAUCACCAGUAAGGAAUUCUGAUCAGGAAGGGGGUAGCAAGAAGAAGAAGAAAAAGAAGGAUAAGAAGCAUAAAAAGGAUAAAAAGCACAAGAAGCAUAAGAAGCAUAAGAAAGAGAAGGCUGCAGUUGCUGCUGCAAUGACUGUUUUUACCACGUCUGCACAGGAAGACCAGGAGAAAAAUAUGGAGCCCCAAAAGGAGACUGAGAGUGAAGCAGAAGAUAACCUGGAUGACUUGGAAAAGCAUCUGCGUGAGAAGGCUCUGAGGUCAAUGAGGAAGGCGCAAGCGUCUCCACCAUCUUAGGCUGAAGCAGCAUUUGAUAUAAUGUACAUUUUGUUUGGUUUGUACUCAGACUUCAAUUUCAAAUUGCUAAAAUGUGUUUGAGCUUUAGACUUUAACAUUGGUUGUAAUAAUUGCUAGGUUGAAGUUCAUGUUUAAAAAAAGGCAUGGAUCUUCAUUACAAAAAAGCAUUCACGGUGUACUAGUGACCUCCUUCAACAGUUGACAUGGUUUCACUAGAAUUUUCUUAUGCAGUAAGGAAUUCUCUCCCUCCCCUUCCCUUCAAGGGUUUUAAAACGAAGCUUACAGAUCCCACAGUUCCUCUAAAAUGCCGUUGUACAAAUGCUUAUGGAGUUUCUAAUCUGAUUUCUUGCCCUAGGCCAUUUGUGGUCUGUUCAGUUAUCAAAGAAAUUGCAUAGAAACACUUGCAAAUUCUCAGAUUUCUCUGUUUGCCUGUAUUGUCUAUGCUUAAAACCGGGAUUAGUAUUUGAGGACGGUGUCUACAUGGUAACCUGCUGCUCUUGCCAGUGGGGUUUAUAAUGAUGUUUAUCUGGAAUGCUGGAAUUUAAUUUGUUGUUGUUUUUUCUCUUUCCCGCCCCCUCCCUCUUUGUUUUCUUUUUAAAUUAGUUUCCAUAAUCGGCAAUCUCAGCAGAGUUUGGCAUACAGUUUUGUUCUGUGAAAUGUUGUUGUUGCCCCAUUCAUAGUUUUUUUUUUUUGUCUUGUUACGGUCCUUUGGAAUAGUGUGAAACUUUCAGAGCUGUGAUCUCUGAAAGCCUGAAGGGCCUGAACUUUGGAUAUUGUCAUGUUCUCACUGGGGUUUUUUGUUUUUUUAAAAAACUAAAGCUAUUAUAAAGCUUGUGGAUUAAACAAAAUAAAUUUCUAAAUUUAAAGGA